AUGACCAAAUUGUUCGCAGUGGUGACGGUCAUCCUCUCGUUGUCUGUCGUUGACUAUUCUACCUGGGCGUUCCAUGCGUGUACCAGUGCAGGUGCCGGACUGGGCUGUGCCUGUGACAGCUUCAACACGGUCGACUGUUCCAACAGGGGAGCCAAGGACGUGCCAGACCAGGUCCCUCCCAACACUGUCAUCCUUCGGAUCAACAACAACAAAAUACAGGGUCUUGUACAGAACCAGUUUCCUGGCCUGUCGUCUCUUUUGUCACUGGACCUCAGCAACAACAGCAUCUCGUACGUAAAACAAGGAGCGUUUUCUGGACUGGGUAGUCUGACGCACCUCCGACUAGCAAACAACAAGCUCUCGUCCGUGCGAGCUGGUGUGUUUGAUGGAAUGCCGAGUCUAGACAGUCUGACAUUGAGUAACAACGUAGUGCAAGAUAUUGAAGAAGGGUCGUUCGUUCAUCUUCCUAGACUGACAACUCUGGAUCUGUCAAACGGAUUAUUAGUCGAUAUAGAAGUGGGUUAUUUUACACCCUUGGCAAACUUGCAGAGGCUCCACCUAUCGGGCAACCCUAUACAACGCAUUCGGAACGGCAGUUUCCAAGGUUUGGCGCAGCUACAAGAUUUGUACCUUAUCGGAACAGAUCUCAUUGAGAUAUGGCCCGAGACGUUCUCUGGAGCAGCAAGCCUGCAGUCGCUGUACGUCAGAGACAGCAAAUUGAGAAGAAUCGCCCCCGGCAGCUUUUUCAUGCUGCCACGACUGAGCCACUUGGACAUUCGCAACAACACCUUACAUGUGAUCGAAACGGGAACCUUUACCAACAUGCCGAAUAUAAUGUCUGUCGAUCUUAGCUAUAACCCUUUGUCGACGCUGAAGCGUUUUGCCUUCAAUCUUAAGGGGCUCUCGACGCUUCGCCUGUGCAACCUUAGCAACGCGCGUUUGGAAUACGUCGAAGAAAAUGCCCUCGGAGGAGAACCGCUUUGCGAAGACUUCCUUUGUGAUCGUACACUACAGUUAGACCUGAGUAACAACAACUUGGAAACGCUUCCUAACUCGUUCUGCAAUCUGUCCCAGACACCGAUGUUCAUUGGCGAGGGGGUUGUAUUUUCUCUAGCGGGUAAUCGUUUUAGCUGUGACUGUAGGCUUAGGAAGUUAGCCUCGUGUUAUCCUCUUGCAGGGUACGUUCGGUGCGCCGCACCGCCGGUCUUACAGUACAAGCUUCUCAACACGAUUUCUGUCGGAAAUCUCAACUGCACUUCACCACGGAUCGAUAGAUUCGUUCUUCAACAAGACGGAAGAAACGUGACGAUGUUUUGCAACGCCACAGGGUUCCCCGAGCCGGCCAUCUCUUGGAAAACACCUGCAUCACAAGAGGACACAAGAAACAGAGAAGACGCCGGGCGCCAAAUGAAAGGGAGAGGAUCUUUGACCAUCUUAGAUGCAAGUGGUGAAGAUGGCGGGACUUAUGGGUGUACAGCGACCAAUCCUGGGGGGCAAGACUCGCGCAUUGGGUAUCUGGCUGUCUUCGACGUCCCUAAAGACUCUCCUAAGACAUCUCGCUUGGGGAUUUUACCUUCAAACCUCGCGUGGGGACUGAUUGGAGCAGGCAUCGGUUCGUUUUGCACCAUCUUAAUGUGUACUGCCGUUUUGUGCAUUUGUAGAAGACGGAUCCAGAGGUCGCCACACGAACGUACAGAACCGCCAGAGGGACACGAAAUGUUGCGAAUUUGCAAUGAGACACCGCAGGAGGAAUUCAAUGAAUGUAGAGACGGUGGUGACGACGACGAUGAUGAUGAUAAUGACUACGAAGUACCCCAUGCUCAUGCUAGUAAAUUGAGAACGGCGUUUAACGCUGAUGACCGGUUAUAUCAGAGCCUUGGUAUGCCAGCAGGUGUGAGGCCUGUCAGUGGUGGACCACCCCAGCGACGGCCCCCUCCCCCUCCUCCCCACAGACAUAACAGCCACUCGAGCUCUCAUCGGGAUUACACUCCCCUGGUUCGAGGGACGAGAUCGGCAAGGGUUUGA